AUCUAUAAAGGGCUGGGAAUUCGGCCUCUUGGCUCAGAUCCACUUCGAUGAGCCAUCGUCUAGUCAAAGGGGUUGCGGGUAGCUGAGCAUGGAGCGCAGUCAUUUGCCGGAGACGCCAUUCGACCUGGCCCUUUCUGGGCCCAGGUUUCAGGCCCAGUCGAGCGGCAAUGGUUCCGUGCUGGACAAUGUGCUGCCCGACAUGGCGCACCUGGUGAACCCCUACUGGAGCCGCUUCGCGCCCAUGGAUCCCAUGAUGAGCAAAAUCCUGGGAUUGUUCACCCUGGCCAUUAUGAUCAUCUCGUGCUGCGGCAACGGAGUGGUCGUCUACAUUUUCGGUGGAACAAAGUCGCUGCGCACGCCGGCAAAUUUGCUCGUCCUCAACCUGGCCUUCUCCGACUUCUGUAUGAUGGCCUCCCAGUCGCCGGUGAUGAUUAUUAACUUCUACUACGAGACUUGGGUGCUGGGGCCGCUGUGGUGCGACAUCUACGCGGGAUGUGGCUCGCUCUUUGGCUGUGUGUCCAUCUGGUCCAUGUGCAUGAUCGCCUUCGAUCGGUACAAUGUGAUCGUGAAGGGUAUCAACGGCACACCCAUGACCAUCAAGACGUCUAUAAUGAAGAUACUUUUCAUCUGGAUGAUGGCUGUCUUCUGGACAGUCAUGCCCUUGGUUGGUUGGAGCGCCUAUGUGCCCGAGGGCAAUCUGACUGCCUGCAGCAUCGACUAUAUGACGCGUCUGUGGAACCCGCGAUCGUAUUUAAUCACCUACUCCCUCUUCGUGUACUACACUCCACUGUUCCUCAUCUGCUACUCCUACUGGUUCAUCAUUGCCGCCGUGGCAGCCCAUGAGAAAGCGAUGCGGGAACAGGCCAAGAAGAUGAAUGUGAAAUCUCUGCGGAGCUCGGAGGAUUGCGACAAAAGUGCCGAGGGAAAGCUGGCCAAGGUGGCUCUAACUACCAUCUCCCUAUGGUUUAUGGCAUGGACACCAUACCUUGUCAUCUGCUACUUUGGACUCUUCAAAAUCGACGGAUUGACCCCACUGACGACCAUUUGGGGAGCGACUUUCGCCAAGACGAGUGCCGUCUACAAUCCGAUUGUGUACGGCAUAAGCCAUCCCAAGUACCGCAUAGUUCUCAAGGAAAAGUGUCCUAUGUGUGUGUUUGGCAAUACGGAUGAGCCGAAGCCGGAUGCACCCGCUUCCGAUACGGAAACUACAUCUGAGGCGGAUUCAAAGGCUUAAACCAUGAAAAAAAGCAACGCAAUUGCCUGCAAGGGGCACAGAAAAGUUUAAAAAAAGUGAUGCAAUAUCGUAAAGUGAUACAAAAAUGUAAAAAAAAAAUGGAAUAAACCUCAGCAUAACAAAAAGUA